UCCAAGGGAGUGCAUAGGAAUGUCUGUGACUUGUGCUAUGACAAUAUAAGAAUAAAGUUGUCGAUCAACGAAGUACAAGGAGGGCGAAUCUACUAACGGCUGUUUCUGAGUCAAAAUGCCUAAAAAGCGCGCACACGAAAUCUCGGAUUCGGAAGAAGAGGUAGAACUGCAGGCGUCUUCAAGCACCGUAAGUCCUUCCAAAGUAGGUUCAACACCUCGAGAUCCAUCGCAACGCUUCCCAAAAAAGGCAGCUGUUUCAAAUGAUGAAGACGAUGAGCAGGAUGGCAAUAAGUCGACAGCGAUGGAGGUUGUACCAUUUGAUAUCGACGCUGACGUAGGAGGUUCAUUUAUUUUCUUUGGUGAGAAAGCUGAAACGCCAAUCGGCAAACGAACUCCCCAGGCCUUUAAAGUCGUUGAAGCGUCGGUUCGCGCGGGGCGUAAGCAGCUCGGCCGAAUGUUUGCAUUUCUUAUCGACCGUUCGCCAAGUACUAACGAUAACCUCGAAACAUUUGUUGGGUACAUUGUUAAAAGAAAGCUGGCUGAUGCCUUCAUGCGAAUGAAAUUUGAUAAGAAUUUUCAGCAUGAUUGCGUCGUGAUGACAUGUUGCGAUUCGGAAACAAAAAAUCUCAGCAAUAGCAACCAAGAAAAGAAAAUUAACCAUCAUUGCGUUGAACUUAUAGAUGGAGGCGUUAUCAACCCGGCAAAGGUGACUUCGCUAAAAGAAAAACUCAACCUACGUCCUGAGAAUGAACAGUUUUCAAAUCUUUUGAGCGGAUUGAUGACCGCAGCGGAUAUUAUUAAUCGCCACAGCGAGGAGGCUUCUGGCUACUCUGAUAUAGAACUUAUGAUUUUUUCAGAUCUUGGGUUUGAUGUGGAAUGCACUACAUUCAUCAAAAUGAAGAACGUUCUCAAACAGGUUUUAUCGGAUGCCAUACUGACAGUCGUAUCUGACCGGGACAUACUUAGCCAAGAUACGUAUAAUAAAAGCAUUAUGUUUUUCGGAGAGAUAUUUUCGGGUGUCACCUCCAUGUCUUACCAGGACGCUAUGAGAAGGAGUGAAGAAUGGUCUAUGAAGGAGCUGAUGCCAACAAAAUUCAGCGCCAAUAUACGACUUUUCGAGGAGGAACUGCCAGUCGAAGCGUACCUGAUCUGCGCUGAAAAGAAUGAAUCAAUACUUGAAAAUCGAAUGGAAAGAGUUGGGAGCGAUCAAGAUGCAGCGGAGGGCGAAGGAUUUACAGCUGCAGUAAGCACAAUAAAACCGCGUAAAAGUCUAGUGAAGCUUACAGACAAAGGUUUUUAUGAGAAAGAUCCUGAUGGCAACGUCGUCACAGUCCAUCCCGAGAGGACCGUUAUGGCUUACAGGUUUGGAACAACGGCGGUUCCGUCCAGCAAGCCUCUCAAGGAGUAUAUUAAAACUUCUGAAUCAUUUAAAGGUUACGUCGUAAAAGGAUGGUAUCCAUCUCACCAAUUUCUGCUGCAUCUGAGUGGCGGUCGAGGUUACCACGUAUUUUCAUCGGCGAGUGAUGGCAGAGUAGCUUUGUUCGAUACGCUUCUUCAUUUAUGUGCUUACCGGGGACACUCAUUAUUAGUGGAUUACGCUUACGCUACGAGAUUUGCAUCAAAACCCGGCGUCCUUGUUCCUCAUUUACAAAAACACUGCUUUGUAUUUUUCGAUCUCAUCUAUCAGGACAACAUGAAUUACCUCCCAAGGUAUGAUCCUAUAGCGACCACAAAGCCAAAAACCGAGCACUUGAAGGAGAUUGCUAAGGUGAUAGGCGAUUCGGGCAUUGCAUCGCUUGAACUCAAAUAUGAUCCAUUCGUACAGCAAAUAUUUGAGGACGUUUGGAAAGGGCGAAUAGAUGAAAUGUCAAGGACAUUUGUUGAGAAGUUUGCGACGAUACAAAGAGAUAAGGAUCAAACAUCAAGCAUCGUGGCUGACGCAGCUGACUUAGCCGAGCGAGCCGAUGGAAUAGUUAAACGAAUGGUAGUUGAGGAUAAAGCGAAAUCUCCUGAGGAGGACAAAAUUACGUUCCGGGUUGAAAAACUUGAUAAAGAUGCAGAUGAAUUUCGUCCAGUGAAAUUUUCUCAACUUUUCGCUUGAAUGAUAACUAAGGUUGUAAUUCAACUUUAUCUGCCAAUAAAAGCAAAAAUGGUAGCGACUCCUAUAUUGACAUGGGUCGAUCGCUACUAAACUCGCAACGACUGGGCUUCAUGGAGCUCACAAAAUAUUGUUUUGUUCUUGUGAAGUAACCUGAGAGGAGAGAGCUUAGGCACCCCAUAGAGCAGUCAACGCGAUCUGGCAGAACUUGUCACUUUUUAUGAGGUGAAAAAGCUGUAAGUAGUACGAAUUCAAUGUGAUGAACUACGCUGAGCUUUUUACUGGUUAGACUUAAUUUAGUGGGGCCCAUUGAUAGAAGACUUGGACAUUCACAAUGUAUUGUCUUGCUCGUGAUGUAGUGAAAAGCCUUUGGUAUUUAGCAUGCUCCAUUAGUUAGUAGCGAUUCGAUGUAGCGUAUUUUUAUUUUAAACGCCGAAGCUGUUGAAUUUUUUAUGUAGUUCGUAAAUUUGUAGCUAUGAUUGCCAUCAGUAUUAGAUGUAUGGCUGGUGAGCACUGACAGAGAAGUCUACCUUGUGGGUCGCAGUCUCAAUAUAAUAUUAUCUCAAUUUUCAUAAAUGCUCUUGAGGAAUUCCCAAGUUCCCAAUAGAGAAACAGAAAUGCUUUACCUGCAACUUCGCUAAAUAUUAAAAAUAUUUAUAAAUAUUAAUGUUCAUAAUACAAAUUACUCUCUUUGUUUUCCACUGCAUGCUGUUUGUAUUAGUAGUGGUAGUAGUAACAAUAAUGAUAGUUAUGAUAAAAAUAAUAAUAAACAUUUGUAAGUUAGUCACAUUUAUUCCGAAGGAAUAGUGGAGAUCAUCUCCAAGCGUUCAGUUUCUGCGAGAGAUAUCUAUCUGGAUAUUACAAAAGAGCCCUCAAAAUGAUGUACCACGUUUGCCUUCGGUAGAAUUAAACAUGACUUAUCAUUUUCAAAUUUUACUGCAACCCCAAAUGCGUCAACUGUGCUAAGUACGUAUUUGCAAAACAAAUUUUUUGCUAUAAACAUUUUUGUGCUACUUUCAACGGCCCUUAAAAAGAUCAAUAAAUUUUAAUGUUCAAAAUUACAAGAUCGCUUUGCAAUAAUUUAUAAACUUAUGUUAAUAAAGGAAUUGUAUAUUAAAACAUAAAUAACUCUUAUAUAUUUAUCAGGGAGUCUAUAUAGAAAGUAGUGUAGCUCUUUGUUUAAGCAUUUACUUGAGAGAAGGGGUUACACUAAGUAUCUACCCUACAUUAUGCUCCCUAGUAGCUCAUUGGGAUAUAUUUGACUACUUAUACCACGACGAACAGUGGAAAUAUAAAUCUUCUUGCCAUUAAUCCCGUCACACGAAGCUUCAGUUUGAGAUUUAUCACGGGAAAUAGAACUGAAUCCUGCUCUUCUGUGUAACUAUUUUAUUAUUAUUGAAUAUGCUACUAAAAUUUACAGUUUUCUUUAAAACCGAUUUGUAGCGUUUCAGUGUGGACCAUUUCCAUCCAUCUCCCAAGUGCCACACUGCAGUAUCUUACAGUACUUCUAGAAGCCUUCGACAUCUAUCUUUGCAUCAAAGCCGGAGCGAGAACCGAGGUCGAAUAAGCCGUUCUAACUUUGUUUUGAAUCCAAGUUAUUGGUUUUUUCCAAGUCGAGAGUCGACGAUCAACCCAAGGGUUUUUCCCUUGUGGAUCUUUAGGAUCUAAUAAUUGUCUGCCUAUAACUUGAAUGUGGAAGCCGUUAUGAUGCUGUUACUGUGGCACCCUUCCUCUCAAACUGAUCAAAACGAACGUGUCUGAUUGUCAAUACGUCGCUGCAUCGGUCAAAGUAUACUCGUUUCUGCGUAAUGUGCUCCAUAUUGUCAGAUGUCACGUCUUAUUAUAGGCACGUGUCACGAAAGCUAAUAUUUUUACGAACGAAAAUAUGCACAGAACAAAUCGAUCGUGCGCGUCUGCCUGUCAUAAGCAACGGCGCUGAAGUUCUUCCCUUUGAUCACUUCUAUCGUAUAAUGGAUAUCAUUGGCAGAGAUUAUCGACUAAUAAUACGCUGUAUUUAAAGCUUCAAAUUACGUUUUGUUAGAGUCAUAAACAAGAUCUGCUGUAUUUCCGAGAUUACCUCAUUUUACAAAUGUUCUUUCCUCCUUCUGUACUGUUGGCUAAAGUACUACGCAUAACUAGGUAGGUAACCUCACGCACCUAGUCUUCCUUAUAUAGAACAGUAAAGAACCUCUUUUUAGUUUUUUUUAGCCCACUGCUUAGUUUUUAACUCUAGGAUAGCUUUUACCUCCAGGAACGACGAUGAUUAUUGCCGACUAUGGCCAGCCACAAUCCAUAUUUAUAUAUAUAUAUAUAUAUAUGAGGUUGGUAUCCAUGUUAUCAGGUCGUAAGAUCGAUUCGGUAGCUAAUAAACUACGUAACCUAUACCUUUGGUUAUAUGCAGCUAUGAUUGGGACUUAAGAGGAUUUGCCUCUCAAGGCGACCUCUAUUUUUUCAUUGUUAGAUUCAUUGGAAACAGUAUUCUGUGUGAUCAGCUCAUCGAGCUGAAGAACUGUAUAUUUGACAUUACUUUUUCAUUACAACUGCCUUGGGAAGUACGGCUGAAGUGACGAUUGAGGACUAAAAAAGAGUCCAUUGCGUCUGAUUGCGCUCAUCGAACCAACCGAUUAACUUUGGAAUUCGUUUUUGG